AUGCGGAUUGAUUUUCUCCAAUCCGCUAAUCCAGUGAACGGAUGGCGAAUCAAAAGUUCUUUGGCAGCAACCGAUCCACGACUUCGUGGAGCUGCCUUUUGUGAAAGUGAAUGUGUGAGUCGUAGUGGCGGCGACGGCAGUGGCAAUGGUGGUGACGGCAAUGGUAGCGACAUUGGUGGAGGUGAUAACAAUGAUAGUAGGAUGAUAGUAGUAGAUUGUUGUGGCCUUAGUGGUGUUGUGGUUGCGGUGGUGGUGGUAGUGGGGGCGGCGGCAGUUGCAAUGGCCAACGGCAGUGGCGGUGGUGGUAAUAGUGGCGACAUUAGUAGUACGGUGGUAGUAGUAUGGCGGUGUGGUAGUUGUAGCGACAAUUGUGGUGGUGGUGGUGGUUGUCGUGGCAAUAGGGUGGUAGUGGCAGUAGUGAUAGGAUGGUAG